CGUAUUAGCUUCUUCACGCUAAAAAGAUGAGGCCGGGUCUGGUGGAACGUACCUGCCGUACGGUUUCUUGGAGAAUUCUCUCUCAUCCUACUACUUCCUCUGGUCGACUUAGGGCUGGCGCACCCCUGGUUCUCCAAUCACACACCCAUGUCACCGCGGACGUCCUCCUCUGGCUAAGUGGAUGCCGCUCCUUCCGUUAGCGAACCUUAGAACCGUGGUCCCCACAUGCGACGGCGUUCUAACCUCUUUGCGCCAAUUUGCGAUCCCUUUCGUCUGCGCAGUACGUCGCCUGCUCCGCCUAACCAAAGCUCGGCGAAGAGUCAGCAUUGCUUGUUCCUUCUGCGCGACCAUGGAUUCCUCUUCGCCAGUAGAGCACCUCGGGCGCGGGCUUAAUGGCGGGGACGGUAGUUAUCUCGCUGGAAUCCAGUUGAAACCCACAUCCUCAUCCCUACCAGAAUCGCCAGCAUGGUCUUCAGAACACGUUAUCAUUCAUCAUUACGCUACGUCUGAACUCAACCACUGCCUCGAUACCGAAACGAGAUCGUAUAUUCUGAGACAUGAACGCUGUUAUAAUCUCGAAAACCAGGUCACCAGCAACAUCAGAAUAUCUCCCCAAAUAUGGCGAUAUCUCUGAUCUUCCUGCUCCGUCUGGCCUGCUUUCCACUGUGUCCUUUCUAAUGGACCGCUAGAUCCCCCCAGGAUCAGGAACGCUCCAACCGCUUUCCGUCGGACUUCGGUGCCUGGAACAGCCGUCUAUUACUUCCGGCGCACUACCUCGGGAUCUUCCGAUACCGAUAAGCUCGGACGUCAGCUUUCCAGUUCCUAUACGAAAU